ACUAUGCGGUCGCCGUACGAAGAUACUAGUGCUAUUGGUGCUGUUAAUAAAUACCAAUACAACGGCAACGCCAACAACAACAACAAUAAUAAUAAUAAUUACUAUAAAAACUAUAAUACGAUUGGGAAUGGAAAUGGAAGUGGAAACGGCAUACCUUAUCAUGCCCGCGAGAAUUCGUUGCCAUUUAGCUAUGGAAUCGCCAAAACUUCAACACCAUUGCGCAAAACGCCAACACCGACGCAAGCGGAUUGCUUUUUAGAUUUUGAUUUCGGUACAACAACAACAACGACAACGAAUAAUUAUAAUUAUAAAAAUGAUAAUAAUAAUAGCAAUAAUGGUAAUAUAAACGAUAUGAUCAAGCCCCAACCGCGAUUGACGAGCCCUUUGCUAGUGCGCAAAACUCUGGGAAAUGGAACAAACACAACAAAUUCCACAAAUACAAAUACCAUAGCCAACACAUAUCAUUAUAGAUCUGGUCUUCCAUCGUCGGCGUCGUCUGCGACGUCAGCUUCGUCGCCACAGCAGACGCCACUGCGAGAUGAUUUCGAACAAUUGCUACGGGAGAGACGCGAAAAGGUCUUCAACGAGUAUAGGGGUAGUGAGGGAGUGGGACGCCAGCAGAAGCGUGAACCACCCAUACCACCACAAAGGCAAUAUUAUACAAAUACCCUCUAUACUACCAAUGGCAAUGGAAAUGGUAAUGGAUAUUAUCGGAAUACCUCAUCUCUGGGGGGUAAAAGCAAAUAUAAUUAUGAUUUCGAAUUCAAUUUGAAUUUGGAUGAUUUGGAUUAUGGAAAUAAUGAACGUAAAUCAGCGCCAGCACCCACAUAUGCUCCAUAUCAAACACGGACCAUACAAUUCGUGGAGGAUCAGGAUGUUCCAGAUGGUGUGAUCAAUAGACGACACAUUGCAUCCACACUAGAGGAACGCAAUUAUCACACAAUUAACAGCAGCAGCAGCAAAAUCAACAGCAGCAGCAUCAACAGCCAACAGCAACUUCAUGUGGAACCAGCCUCGUCGACUUAUGGUCAGAGCAACAGUAGCAACUUGGAGACACUUACGCGCACUCGUCGCGAUUUAUCCGCAUCACCAUCGUCGCCCAUCUAUGCCACCAGUAGCAAGCGUAACCCAAAUACCAAUGGCCAGACAACAACGCCUAGUCCCACAAGUAGACCAGAGACUCCAGCCUUUCCGGUCACACCGCGCACACCAUUUGGGGGCACAACACCGCAACAGCAACAUUUGGGCUUGGAGUCGAUCUAUCAGACAACAUCAAGACAAAAUCAACGACAGUCCACCCCACUUGGCUCUCCCCAAGAGCCACCCAUGGAAGUGGCCGCCGAUUCUGUACGCUUUGCUCGCAGUUCGGCCAAAUUCUGGUAUAAGGCCAAUCUCUCGCGUGAAGAUGCCAUUGCCUUAUUGGCAUCAGCCCAGCCGGGCACUUUCUUAGUACGCGAUUCGACAACCUAUAAGAAUGCCUAUGGCCUGGUUGUACGUGUCUCUCAGCCUCCAGCUGGUUCCCAGGAGCUAGUGCGUCACUUCCUUAUCGAACCCACACAACGUGGGGUCCGCUUAAAGGGUUGUGCCAACGAACCCGUCUUCACAUCACUUUCGGCUUUGGUUUUCGAGCAUUCCAUCAAUCAAUUGGCAUUGCCUUGCCUACUCCGUUUGCCCGAAGAGGAUAUUGUUCCAAGUCCGUUAGCCAAAACGCCAGCGCAGGAGCAUUUGCUAGCCCAUGGAGCUGCCUGCAAUGUCCUGUGGCUAUACUCCUGCGACACAGAGUCGUUAACCGGCAACGAAGCGAUACGUAAGGCCAUCCGGCAAAUGUAUGCCCAAACACCUCUGCAUCCAGCCACUGAGGUUCAUUUCAAAGUUACCUCCCAGGGCAUCACAUUGACCGAUAACACGCGUAAAAAGUUCUUCCGCAAGCAUUACACAGCCGAUAUCAUCUCACACUGUGCUAUCGAUCCGGAAAAUCGAAUGUGGUCAUCGCCACCAUCGGGUGAAGAUGCCUCCAAGGCUCAGAGCGAGAAGAAAACGAUUUUCGCCUUUGUGGCACGUCGCUCGCACAGUUCCAAGGAUAAUCAAUGUCAUGUAUUCUGUGAUCUUUCGGUCAGUCAGCCAGCAGCGGCAAUUGUCUCAUUUGCUAAUCGAACGCUGCCCACCGAAAAGCUAAAGAACUAUGUUCUAUAGAGACAUAAAACGCCAAAAAGUGCAGGACCAGAACUAAAAUGGACAGACCAAACCAUAAUGCAAAUGAAAAGGAAAUUGUGUGGCACUUAACAGAACGUAUAACCAGCCGAAAUAUAAUAACAAUAAUUGAUGUCAGCUAUACAAUUAGUUUAUUUAGAGCGAAACAGAAUGCACGAAAAUAAAAAGUAUAAACUCACAGAUAACGUACUAUACAAUAUAUACAUAUGUACCUACAGAUACAUACAUCUGUAUCCAACUGUCUAUCAACUUCGAAUAACUAAACGUACAGUGGCGCUUUGUCUUGCAAAAUGAAUGGAAAACGAAUCAUUUUUUGUUUAUAUGUUACAUAUGAUAAACUUAAUUAUGAUAUUAGCAAUAAUAAGGUUAAAGUUGAAAUGGCAACUUUCUUAAAUGGCUUACAGGGUGCGCUACAAAGAAACCACAAACACACACACGCACAUUAAAGGGCAAAUCUGGGUAUGUGAUAUGAGGGCAAAUCGCUCCCUAAAGUAGGCAAUAGGCUUCCAAAAAAUUCAGUGAAGUCAGAAAUAAAUAUAGAACUUUUCGACUACAAAACAAACCAAAACUCUUUGUUUGUUUUUUAAAUUAAAUUCUCUGUCUGUCUACUUUAGUGGGAAAUUUCACCCAUUUCAAAUUUCCAGACCCGCCACUGAGACACACACUCACACAAUGAACCUAAUAUAUCUAAUAUAUAACUAAUAUACUUUUUUUGUGAAACUACGUACAAUUAAUGUUAACUUAGAAAGUUGUUUUUUUAAUACACAAGCACCAGCUGUUAAAUAAGUUCGAUGAAAAACGCGUUCAAAACGAAACAAAUUUUAUAAUUUAUAUAUGUAUCUUUGUAUUAGCUAUAAGCUCUACUAAUUUCAGUCACUAUAAAUAAAACAAAAAUAAAAAAUGGCAAACGAUGUUAAUAAACAUG